CCCCAGGGACCUGCGGGCUCCGAGCGAGGGGCGGGGCGACGCUUGCGGAAUGCGGCUGCGCAGGCGCAUUAAGUCCCAGCGCCGAGCUGCAGCCAUGGAGCAGUCACCUCCACAGGACCCAGGGAGGCAGCUCCAAUCCGCACCCCUGGAACCGCUGGGCCACCCUGCCGCUGGGCUGGAGGCUGCGGUCAGUGAGGACGCGGAGGACACCAGGAAAGAGGGCCCGGGAGACGGCACGAUGACAGAAAAUAACUUUAGUUUAAAGAAGAUAGAAAUCAGUGUUUCAGAAGCAGAAAAACGAACUGGAAGAAAUGCGAUGAAUAUGCAAGAAACAUAUACUGCUUACCUCAUUGAAACCAGGUCAGUUGAAAAUAUUGAUGGUCAAAGUGUCCUAACAGACUCACUUUGGAGGCGAUAUAGUGAAUUUGAGUUGUUGAGAAACUACCUUUUAGUUUACUAUCCACAUAUUGUUGUGCCACCUCUACCAGAAAAAAGGGCAGAAUUUGUUUGGCAUAAACUAUCUGCUGACAACAUGGACCCGGAUUUUGUGGAAAGACGACGAAUCGGUCUAGAAAAUUUUCUCUUGAGAGUUUCUUCACAUCCUAUCCUCUGCAGAGACAAAAUCUUCUAUUUGUUUUUAACACAGGAAGGUAACUGGAAAGAAACAGUGAAUGAAACUGGAUUUCAGCUGAAGGCAGACUCCAGGUUAAAAGCGCUUAAUGCAACAUUCAGAGUGAAAAACCCAGAUAAGAGAUUUACUGAUCUUAAACAUUAUAGUGAUGAACUGCAGUCCAUCAUCUCGCAUCUUCUUCGGGUUAGAGCUAGGGUAGCAGAUCGUCUUUAUGGUGUAUAUAAAGUCCAUGGGAAUUAUGGCCGAGUUUUCAGUGAAUGGAGUGCCAUAGAAAAAGAAAUGGGUGAUGGACUACAGAGUGCUGGUCAUCAUAUGGAUGUGUAUGCAUCUUCCAUUGAUGAUAUUUUAGAAGAUGAAGAACAUUAUGCAGAUCAGUUAAAAGAGUAUCUUUUUUAUACAGAAGCACUGCGGGCUGUAUGCAGGAAACAUGAGCUUAUGCAGUAUGACUUGGAAAUGGCUGCUCAAGACUUAGCAUCAAAAAAACAGCAAUGUGAAGAACUAGCAACUGGGACUGUGAGAACAUUUUCUUUGAAAGGAAUGACUACCAAGCUUUUUGGUCAAGAAACUCCAGAGCAGAGAGAAGCCAGAAUAAAGGUAUUAGAAGAACAAAUAAGUGAAGGAGAACAGUACCUAAAGUCUAAAAAUCUGGAAGGCAGGGAAUUUCUGAAAAAUGCAUGGGCUGAUAUUGAACGCUUUAAAGAACAGAAGAACCAUGAUUUAAAGGAGGCCCUGAUAAGUUACGCAGUCAUGCAGAUCAGUAUGUGUAAAAAGGGGAUACAAGUUUGGACCAAUGCUAAGGAAUGCUUUAGCAAGAUGUAAUCCUGUGAAAUGAAUUUCUCUUCAAUCAAAGUGCCCCAAAACAGAAGCACAAGUAAAAAAGAAAGAAAUUAAGUUGCUGACCCAGUAAACAGAAAUAUAAAUUCACUAGCCUCAACUUUCUUUCAUUUUACUUUAGCUUUGUUAAUAUAACACAAAAAGGAUGUAUUUUAGUGAAGAUUAAAUGUUAUUAUUUGAGGCUUGGGGAGCUGGUGCUGUUUCCAAAAAGUUUUUUACCAACAAGUUGUCAGACUUCUGAACCAGUGACUAAAUGUCAAGAUGUUAGGUAAUUUAUUCAUUUUUUGUUUCAAUGUUAUUUCAGAUCUCUUGGUCCCUAUGUAGGAACUUUUUUCCUAAGAUAGAAUACCUAUCUUUCUGUGGUAAGACCCACUAAUGUUUUUUUGGUGGGGGGGGGGUUUCUUGCCUUAUAGUCGAGCUGUUUGAUUUGAUAAAGCUCAGCAGAAAACAGUAUGAAAUCUAAGAUUUUUCUCUCAUAUUCAUUGAUGCCCUAGUAAUGUUGGCAUAUACUAGAAAAUGCCUUCAAUUUGUGUUUUACCAAAAUUUUGAUACUGGUCAGAAAUUUUUUACUGCCACAAAGAUGACUCAGCUUCUCAGAUGUAUAGUAGAAUGAAUUAUUAUGAUAUAGGAAUUGCUGUACAGAAAUUUUUAAUUGCAUAUAGUACAUAUAAGCAUUAAAUUCUUCUGAAAUAUUUCUUAACCUCAGUGAUGAGCCUGAAUUUAUUCUGCUUGGCUCUCUUCACAAGGCAUUUCAGGGUAUAAGAUGUAGCAUUUCAGUAUAUGAGAUGUAUGUAGGAAACAUGUAUUAACCAACUUCAUGAUUAACAUCUUUUUUAUUGCUUGGCUGUAAUUUUUGUAAAGAUAAAUUAUAUUGGUUUUUGUGUGUGUGUGUGUGUUUGUAUUAUAUGUUCAGAAGCCAAGUACCUUCAUUUUGCUAGCUUUUCAUUACCGUAAAUGUGUAUUCAUUAUUAAUUAUAUAUAAUUUACAAAUCCCUGGUACUACUUAGCAUCUGGAUUUUUUACAUGUUUAAAGUGUUGCUGGAUUUUUGUGCUGUUGGCCAAACUUAUAAAAUAAAGUAUUAUGCUGA